GAUCUAAAUAUGAUGAUGUUGGUGUUUAGGACGCGCCUCCGAGCCUGAAUGUAUUAGCUGUGCUGCAGAUCCCCCAGUGUUUGCUCGGUGGUUGGAUCGUAUUUGAAAUUACAGCGGGACUGGUCGCGUAAACCUCUAGUGUCUUUGGGGUAAACACAGAAAGUAGAGUCAGAGCGGUCGCAAGAUUUUAUCCUUUUCAACUGGAGGGAGAAAUAAAUCCGCACACAAUGCCCAACAAUGAGGGCCAACUGCCCGCGAGUGACAGCCACAACAUCGGUCAAGGGGAACGAGAGGGCAGGCGUGCAACGUCUACUGACAUUGAGUCUAAAGGGGGAGAUGACAACACCAAUAUGCCUAACCUCUGCAAGCCAAGUAUUUCCUGCUGCAGCCACACACGGUUAGUAUCUGCGACUGAAGUGCUGGAAACUGCUCGUGAUGUGUCCAACAUGGCCAUAGCACAUGAGGUUGUCAUAAACAGCAACUUCCAGAUCCAGCAGAUGGAGUCACCGCAGAACAGUCUGGAAAGGAGAGUGAAGGACAUUGUGCACAGAGCGUUCUGGGAUAGCCUGCAGGCCCAGCUGGGUGAGACGCCACCACAGUACUCCCACGCCAUCAAGUUGCUGCAAGAAGUUAAAGAGUCGCUGUUGGCACUCCUGCUUCCCGCCCACACCCGUUUACGAUCACAGAUCGGUGAGGUGCUGGACCUAGACCUGAUUCAACAACAGGCCAAGCACAACGCCUUGGAUAUCCACCGACUGGCCGGCUUCAUCAUAGGCAUGAUGGGGAGUCUCUGUGCACCAGUCAGGGAUGGAGAAAUAAGGAAACUGAAAUGCAUCACAGAGACCGUAUCACUCUUCAGGGAGAUCUUCCGUGUGCUGGACUUGAUGAAGAUCGACAUGGUCAACUUUACCAUUAAGACUCUGAAGCCAUACUUGCAACAACAGUCCAUUCAGUAUGAGCGCAGCAAGUUCCAGGAGUUCCUCAACAAACAGCCCAAUGCUUUGGAGCACACAACUGCAUGGCUGAAAGCAGCAACUGAGGAAACAUCCAAUUCAAUGUCCCAGAAUCAUGGCAACCAAGCAACAGUGCUGAGCCCAGCUGCAGUGCUUAAUCAAGGCUACAUGAACCUGCUGAAAUGGAACCACGACACCAACACUUACCCAGAGACUGUGCUGAUGGACAAAUCCCGUCUGCAGGGGCUGCAGCAGAGACUCGAGCAGCUGACUCUGGUGGCUGCUGUUCUUUUGGUGACCACUAACGCAGUGGGAGCUGCCAUUGGUGGUCUGCCAGGGUUUGUAGAUAAACUAAAGCAGGUGACAUGUGUGCUGUUGGAUGAGCCGAGUUGCAAGGCAUUAAGAUUAGGAGAAGCUCUACAUGCACUCAGUGAUCAGAUCCACAGAGAGAUCAACAGAACACUUACUGAGCAGGGUUACACUCCUCUAAGAAAUGAGCAAGAAGCAAUUCUAAAAGGACAAAUCAGAAGCAUUCGGCACAGCCACAAUGUUGUUCGUAUUCUGCUAGGUGAGCGGAUCAACGUCUAUGUGAAGGAAUUCCUCAGUCUCUCCAGCCCACAAAAUAGGCAUCGUGCACUUCCAGGAGGUCUUGGUCCCAUUCAGACAGAACUGAAGGAGAUUGGCGCCACAUUCAGCCACAUCAUGCACCACAACAGGAUGGUAUUUGGACCAUACUACUCAGAAAUUCUGGCAAAGCUGCUCGUCACGGAGGGAGACACUGGGAUGGACUCUCGCUGAGUCAGGAAGCAGAAUCCACAGUAAAACUGUCUGUAAAUUGCAUGAGGUGAGAAAGCAGUGUCUUGAGCAACACCUUAAUCUUCUCCUUCAAGCCAGAACACUUCCAGAAGUACAGAAAAUCUUCAGAGCAGUAAACAUUGUACAUCCAAAGCACAAUCCAUUGCUGUUACCAAAACUAUCUGGUGCAAAUUGUUCAUUAUGUAUUACCAUCAUUAUUUAGCUGCUGCCUUCUACUUCUUGCAUAUGGCGUGCACAGUCUAAAGUUGUCGGACAACUUGUUCUAUUUGAUCUUAUUUGAUGGUGCACGUCGGGUUGAUUGCAUUAGUAGAAGCAGGGCGGACCACAUGAAGGUUGCAAUCUCCCACCCCAGCUAUCGCAUUAACAGCGGACCUCUCACCCCCCAAAAAUCAGGGAGUUGUUUGUGACUUGGAAGGAAGUAAAGUCCUAUUGAAUCCUGAUAUUCCAGUGCAAUUAUAGAUGUUGACAAUCAUUAAAAAUAAACGCUGGUUUUCUUUUUUUAACCCUCUUGUCUUUACCCCACACGUUUUAUGCUGUAAACACCAUGUCCAGAAUGAUUCUUAAAUCGUCAAUGUUGAAUGACUUAAAGUCCCUACUCUGUGUUGUAUAAUCCAGGCCAAUUCAAUGCACACACAGAGAUAUCAAUCAAAGCUAUCAGUUAGAAAUUGGUGAUGGUGCAAUGUGAUAUUUUUUUGCUGUGUAAAUGUUGCUCUUCUUGCUGAUAAGAUGCAUACUAUUUCAGGGUGCUUUACACUUUGGACUUGACGUGAUAUUUGCUGGAAGUAAUAUCAAUAAUUGAUAUUACAAUUGAUUGAUUGUGAGAAUAUCACUUAUGCCUUAACGGAUAUCCAAUUGCCAUCCCACAAAUUAAACUAGAAAACCAAAUAAGAAAACCUUUAAAGGCACUGAAAAAGCAAUUAACAAGUAUAGAUUAAAAUUUUGAGUAAAUGUUAAUUAAUUAAAAGUUAUCUUGAUCGCUCACAGCCAUUCCUAUCCAUUAAAUUAAUAACAAAAUUAUUUCUGUGCCAGAUCUAACCUGUUAUCCGGAUGGAUUCCCCAGAGUAAAUGUUGGGAGAUAAUGCAUCGUUAUUCUCCAUCUCUGCACUGCAUUCGAGUUACUGUAAGAUCUGAGUACAGUUCGAUUAGCGUAGGCAAACACCAAGUUCAGGAUUGUGCAUUCAUAGAUUCAGAAAUCCCAAACUUGUUGCAACUUAUAUAUGGCAUUUCUUUGGAAUCCCAGACCUUUAUUGAGCUUCUUAAAUAAAGCACAUCUUGUAACUGGUAGUUUUUAUUAGAUGAGGAAAUGAUUAUCUCAUUGUUUUGUUGUAGUUUAGAUAUAGCAAUGGAAACGAGCCUUUCAACCACCAGGUCCACGCUGUCUGUCGAUGACCCUUUCACACUACUGCUACCUUAUCCCACUUUUGCAUCCACUCCCUACACACUAGGGCCAAUUUACAAGGACAAUUUACCGACAAACCCGCAUGUCUUUGGGAUGUGGGCAAAAACCUGGAGGAAACCCUCGCAGUCACAGCACGAACAGGGCAAUUUCACGCAGACUGCUCCUGCGAUCAGGAUCAAACCCGAGUCUCUGGUUCUGCACCACUGUGUUACUUUGACUGUUACUAUUUCCGAUUCCAACAAAAGAAGUUCUCCCCAGAUUAUUUUCCCCUAAACUAAAUACUUUGCAUAAAGUAGACUUAUUGUUGUUGUACGGAAAUAAUUAGUAAUUCAGAAACAUUGGUCUUGACCUGGACUCUCUCUGAAGCUUCCUCUUCUUAUUUUCAAUCUGAUGCAAAUUCUGAGAUAGGUGCAGUGGGCAGAAACCCACCGUUAGACUGACCAAUUGUUUCUCUGCUCCUGUGGAAUAAUAUGGGAAGUUAAAGUGCAAGCACCUAAAGUGAAGAACCAGUGAACCUGUGUCCCAACAAUGUGUUGUACGGGGCAAUGCAAUAGUGAAGUCUCAAUGCCUUGUUUAAAAUUACAUUCCCUUCAUCUGAAGUGGAACAUUUGUUCAAGAACGUUCAUUUAAUGCCAUCUAGUGGUAAACUGAACUUCUCCAAAUGUUGCAACAACUAUCGAUGUAACUUGCUCAAUUCAAAUGACAUAGAUAUCAAUGUAUAAACACAGAGAUCUGAGCUCAAAAUCCAGGUCAGCAUUUCUUUGCAGUAUUGAAGAAAUGCUAUACUGCUGAAUGUGCCAUUUUCAGGCGCGAUGCUAAUUUGGGAGUCUCCAUGACUUAUCGGGGGGAUAUUUUAUUGAAGUGUAUUUUAAAAAAGAGCAGAAGAAUCAUUGUACAGUGAUACUAGGCAUGAAUUCGCUGCCAUACUUCCUAACAUUGCAAGUGUGGCUACUCUUCAAAUAAAGAUUAUGUCUUUGGCUGUAAGGAGCUUAGAUGCAUCCUAAGGAAAUGAGAAAUGCCUUGUAAAUGCAUGUCUUUCCAUUUUUUAUUUACAUUCACAGUAAUUAUUUUUGGGCAUGCAGUGAUUGCUACAACUGAAUGAAUUCUGAGUGAGCAGCUUUACAAAACACCAGUGAAAUGUAUGGAGAAACAUCUUACAGAUUUUAAGCAAAACUAAAAAUACGUGUUUUUGCUUUUUUUCUCUGAGGAAGGGUCUCAGACCUGAGGCAUCACUCUGUUCCUCAACUAGAGAGCAGUCCUGAACGAAUAUCUACCUGUGUAGGAAGAAACUGCAGAUACUAAUCGAAACAGAAGAUAGACACAAAAAGCUGGAGUAACUCAAGGGGUCAGACAGCAUCUCUGGAGAGAAGGGAUAGGUGAUGUUUCGGGUCAAGACCCUUCUUCAGGCCGAUAUUCAGGCAUUUUAAAUUAGAAGUUAAAGUAUGAAUUUUGAUGAAUGUUCAGCUGAGAUGAUUGAAGUUUUAUUUUUUAACUUACACCAGCAGAGGGCAUCAACUCCAAAAGUAUCACCAUUUUAAAAUGAAUUUUUCACACCGGCCAGAAGAAAAUAGCAGAUAGCUGUAAUUCAAGAAAAUACUUUCAAGUUAAAACUAAAACGUUCAGAUUUAGACAUAUUUUGUUUUGGGACAGAAUUGAACAAGGCAUAAAAAUGUUAUUGCUCAAGUGCUGAAAGUUAUAUGUACCCUCUUGACAAAUAUCACGUCAGUCCUAUAGUUGGGACAAAAGUGCUUUAUGCAGUGAGGGCCUGAUAUAUGGAGCACAUUUUAAUAAACCAGUAAUUUCUACAUCAUUAACCGUGUAACUUCACAGCGAGAUUGCAGCGUUGCAGAAUCAUACAAAUUAAUUUCUCCUUCCCAAGCUGUAACUAUUUCUUCAAAGCCUCAAUAAAAAGGUCUUUCUGAAAUUCUUCCAUAAAUCUCCACAUUUUGGAAGCAGCCUCACCUCCUCAGUUUCACAGCCAAUCUGCAACAUGCCAAUGAGCGAUAGACUGCCAUCCCCCAAUUGUUAAUUUGGUGGUGAUUUCCCUAUGAGUAGGCAAGAUUAUCCCUUCAAAUGCCAACAUUGGGAAUGCAUUCAAUACAGAAUACUGCACGGUAAUCUGAGUGCCAAUUUGUGUCACACACCAGAUCCAAUGUAAAACAAAUUGGGGUAUACUGGCAGAUUAAUGGGACAGUGUCCUCACUAGGCCUGGGGCCACUAGGCAUUAGUUAAUUAGUUAAUGCGUUCAAUAUAACAUUAUUGAUAUUGGUGUCACAUUGUACGCAUGACAAUUUGUGUACAAUAUUGUAACUGCAGCUCAUAACUCGUAUAAUAUUUCCACUGUGGAAAGGUUUUGUUUGCAUACAAUCCAACCUAUUCAGAUUAAUUUUGUACCCAAUCAGAUAACACAAUACAUGCACUUCCUGGCUUAUGUAAGGGUUGCAUUCCGUAACCCCUUAUCCAAGUCAGAUUUUAUGUGUCGGAAUCACCAUUCCCAUCCUCUGCCAAAUAUAAUUCGCUGAGAGUAUUAACUGUCUCAGCGAUGCCCAGCUGGGGCACUUUCUGCAGCGUGUGGCAUUCUGGGUAAGCACUGCCACCAUUGCCGGCUUGUUUCUGAAGUAAACUUGAAAUUACAAACUGCCUUGGUACAGAAUUAUUUAUGCAAGUGCAAGUUUAAGUAAGGCUAUUGCGUAAUUCGGGGAGAGUCUGUACAUCAAAUUUGUCAAAUUUUAAAAUUCAUCAUGGAAAUUGCACCUGAUCACAAAAAACCUUCAAUUUUCCUCAUGUCUGUUAACACACAAGCUCAGCGUGUCAAAGCUGAUAUUCGCCAAGUAAGUGGGAUUAGUUCAAAGAAUCCCUCUACCCUACUCCAAUAUUCAAUAAGAUAACAACUGAUCCAUAGCCUAACUCCACUUAUGUACCUCAGCUGCUUCUCAAAGAGUUAGCAGAAAUUACCAUUUCAUUUUUCAAAUUACUAACUAUGCUGGUGUUGACUACAUUUUGAGGGAUAAUUGUGAUGUUUGUGUGCAAGACACUUUCCCAGCCUCACUGAAUGGGUGGCCUCAGACCUUUAUUGUCCCCUUUCCUAUUCUCUCUAUCAAUUAAAAAAAAAUUCUCUCUAUCGACACUAUCCACUCAAAAUCCUAAAGGCUUUAUUUCAUCAAAUCUCUCUCAAUCUUUAUUUAUUGAGGAAUACAAGCUUGCGUAAUCUUUCUUCGUUACUUAACCGUAAGUGGCCUCCUACAUUCUGGUGAAUCUGCAUUUCCUCCAAGGCUAAUUUAUCCUUUCUAAGCUGCUGUUGGUUUUACUCAAUUAUUUUUUAUGGCUGUGGUAAAAUUUAUUUUACUGGCAUACAAGAUUAGUUCCUUGUAUUUUAAGAGACAUUUAUCUUAACAUUUAACCAUAAAAGGUCAAUGCUGGUGUUGAAAGAUCUCAGAAUAUUAAUUUUAAAUUCUACGUUGUCACAUAGUAUCAUUUCCAGUUUGCAGAUUCUGAAAAAUUGUUCUUCACUGCUUCAGUCUAUUACCAAAACAGGUAUAACCAGAUAAUUCAUAUUUAAUCAGUUGGAACUGGGACCUUCUCUUAUCACAGCGCAGCCAUUGGCACCUGAAUGCUGAUAAAUCAAGAGGAACCAUUAGAAAGCAAUGUUGCCUCAGAACAUGUUGUCUUCUGCCAAGCGUGACUUUGGCCCACUUCCCAUCCCGUUUCGCACUCUAGAGCUGUUGCUUAUCGAAGCAGAUAAUUAAAAGACAAGCUGUAAAUAUUUUAAAUAAUGCUCCACCAUGUUUUUAAUAAGCUUAUGUAAGUUGACAACUAGAUUGCACAUUAAGAGUGGGAAAGAUUCUCAAAGAACUGCAGCGUAAUCAGAGUCCUAAGAUAAUCUAUUGAUUUUGUUUUACACUAUUAAUGCUGGCUGUGCUUGUCGCCUCAUGUUUAAUUCAUUCUACUUCAUACCUCUCUCUGUAGGUGACAAUGUUCUGGAUAAUUAGUUAUGCGGUUACAGCAGGCUGUAUUUUUUUUUUUAACUGCAGAGGGUAAAAAUGAUGAGUGCUAGAAAUCUCAAAAAAUAUAUCCGAAGCUUUUGUAAACAGACUGGCUCUGAAAGGGAAAUGCAAAAUUCAGGUUUCAACCGGGUGCUAAUCAUGCAUGAUUUUCUGCAGUAAAGCUUGAUCAGAUUCUGGAUUCAAAUGGGUCCCAAUUAAGGCGUUGCUCGUACACUGAUGCUCCAACUGGAAUGCAAUCAGACUUUCCUCUUUGCAAAUGCUGAUGAUAUUAUGCAUUUUCAGAAUGUUCGGUUUUUAUUUGAUAGAUUUGUUGUCAGCUUUGUUAACUGAUUAGAAAUUGUUAUCCCUGGAGAAUUACUUUGUAAACAUUGUAGGAUUGAAAUGAUGUUGGAUAUUAGUUACAGGUUAUAUCUAUUACAGAAUAUAUUAUAAAUCAUGUAAAUUAUAAAUUACUGUCAUUAUAGGAUUGUACAGUUGAUUUUGUUUUGAUUCCCAAGUUGCCUAACAUGUGCCAUGUUCUAUCUACUACUGAAAUACAUAGACACCAUUGUUGGUUUUGCCAUCUUUGAUUGGGAUUACAGAUGUGAGAUACACCAGUACAGGGUGGUGUGAGCUGGAUCUGUUACACAUGCUGGUUUAUACCAAAGAAAGACACAAAAUGCUGGGUUAACUCAGCGGGUCAGGCAGCAUCUCUGGAGAACAUGCAUAUGUGACAUUUUGGGUCGGGAUUCUUCUUCAGAUUACUUCGUUUUCUGAAAAUAAAAGUGUGAGUUACUUUGUUUUCCUUCUCGCUGUGGAAAUGUAAGGGACCUCCAUUUAGUUCAUCUCAAUAUUACCAAAGCAUUAGUGGGUAUAAAUUCCAAAACUGAUUUUUCAAGUAGAUUGGUGCUCCCGCUCCUUCAAGAGGUGAAUGAUUAAAAUGGGCAUUGGAACUGUAUGCUUAGAUUCAGUUCCAUCAUACUCUAAAAAACAAUUGGGAGAAAGGAUGGAAUGCUUCCCACCAGGAAUUUUAUGAAUGAAUCAAAUCUCUCUCAGAAUUGCUCUCUCCUCUCACCAACCAUUUUGCAGAACGGCACCAGCAGAGACUACGAGCAAGAUAGUAUGUGGCAUGGCACUGCCUGUUGCGCGGGAACAAGAUAUAAAUGUAUAUAAUAAAAUUGCAUUAGCCCAGUU